UUCAAUUUAUCUCUGUCUCUCUCUUGACGUUGCAUGUCUGUCGUUUUGUUUCAUUGACUCUAACUGAUUCAUUCAAUUCAUUUCCAUUUCCAAUUUGUAUACUCUUCAUUCAUUCACUCUACCGACCAAAACAACACAUCCCACACACUCCUUCCACCCAGAUCAUUCAACUGUGUUGAAUCAUCCAAAAUAAACACUCAAAAAGAUAAAACAAACAAACACAAAAAUGACGAGCAAAGUCCUCUCCCUGGCUUUCAUUUCCCUCGCCCUUUCCACCGGCACAUCAGCCUCCAUCCGCCAAGGUUGUUACAACAGCGCAGGGGACCUCCAAUUGAUCGGCUCCGACGCAGCCCCCAAAGAGACCUCCUACCUGUCGCCAGCAACAUGCCAGCAGACGUGCAAGAAGCUCAACCACCAAGUCUUUGCCCUGCAUGAUGCCAACAAAUGCUACUGUGGCGACGAACUGCCUCCCUUCGCGGCCAUGGUCGCCAACUCGGAGUGCGAUGAGGAUUGUGCCGGAUAUCCGGGCUUAAACUGCGGCGGAAAAUCAGCCUGGACAGUCCAAUCCAGCACGAUCGCAGUCCACCACCAACCCGAACCCAAGCUCCGCCUCCACAAACGCACCUCGCCCAUCCCUGCAAAAGACGACGAAGAAGACGACGGCGACAUCUCCCACAUCAUCACCGCCUCCGACGACGCCGACUACGAACCGGGCCACACCCUCAGCGUGAACCCGACCAUCGUGCAAACAGGCGGCAGCGCACCCCCCUCCAAGAGCGGCAGUGCCAAAGAAAACAACAAAAGCCCAGAAGAACCCGUGCAAACGAGCAUCCUGACCGCGCCGACAGCUGCGCCCGCGAAGGACGGAGCAGGAGAAGGUAUGGCGCGCGUUGCGGCGUCGUCGACGAUGGUGCCCGUUGCGUCUGGGACGGCUUCGCCCUCCAGUUCUUCGGCGCCUUCGUCGGGUUCGGGGUCCGGGUCGGGCUCGGGGUCGUCCGCUUCGAGCUCCCCGUCGGCGAGUCCCGGUGCGGGGAGCCGGAAUGGGGUGUUGCUUGGGGCGAUGGUCUUGCCUGUUGUUAUUGGUGGUUGGCUUGCGUAAAUAUCCUGCACUCUUUGUUCUUCCUUCGGUAUUCUUUCUGAAGGGGCGAGCAUCGCUACCGAAUGGGAAGAUAAGGGUUAUGUGCAGAUGACAGGGCUUCUUAACCUUGGCUAUCUGUUGGCCGUGUGUCCCUGGUGGAUGCAUGGUGGGAUCUAUUCCAACCGCUGGUCGGCUGGUUGGAUCCUACACUCCUACUAUGUCUGGUAGGAGUUAGUAUAGUAUGUACUGUACAAAUACCGGAGAAUAACUCCACGACACUCGCUACAUAAUCAUAUUCCACUGGAUGGAUUCAACAUCGAAC